CAAACUUGUGCGGACAGUAGCAGCGCGAGCGCAGCCCCAUUGAUCACAAUGCCGCCGCGUCGCAUCAAGAAAGACCCCAAGGUACGUUCCCACGAAGCAGCGCCGCGCGCCGCGCCGCCUACAACCCACACCAAGGGCAGCACCCCACAAAACACGACCGGAGCGCGCGCCGCCGCCGCGCGAGAGCGACCCCACGCGUCGACGCCCGCGCGAGGCCCCACGUUCACGCGCACCGCAGGCCGACUGGCCCUUCGACGCCGACGGCCAGCAGGUCCACCCGCGGUCCGAGCGCGGCCUCCUCCUCAAGGGUUUACUGAAGCCGCUCCCGAAGAAGGGCGAGGUGCCCGACUGUCUACUCGUCGAACCGUUCACGGAGGAGGUCGUGCCGGCCAACGCCGCCGCUGUGCUGGCUCAUUUACCGAGCGCGGGUUCGGACGCGGCCUACUGCUACGCGAAGCCGCCGGGCGACGCCGACGUCUACAAGUUACAUGGAGCCGACAACCGCGCGCCCGAGGCCCUUCCCACCUUAACGGUCGAGCACGACCCCGACGAUUUGGCCAAGGUCAAGGCCGCCAUCGAUGGCGACGGCGAGCCGCCCCUCUACUACAACCCGGCGACGGGGUUUGAAUUCGAGUGGGUCGUGCCUCCGCCCGGAUUUUAUUCCGUGAAGGAGGGCUGGUCCUCCUCCAAGACGAAGGCGGAGUGCGUCGCCAUGGCCUAG